CCAAGACUAACUUCAACCUGCAUAUACUCGUCUCUCCGCCCAAAAUCUCUUGGAAAAAGCAUUUGAUUUAUUCAUUCAUUCAGUCAAAAAUAAUACUAUCAAUGGAUCUUUCACUGGCUUCUUCUCCAAAUCUUCAGCUUUCUCUCACUAAAACGCUACCAUUUUCUCCCAGAUUCCACAAGCCCCUUCUCUUUUUCACCAAUUUCACUUCUAAACCGCAAAUAUACUCCAGGAACUCCUUAAUCACCGGUUAUUACCCUACUAGAGCUCAAACUUCGAAUCUGGGUAACACUUCGACCGAUGACGAUGAUGAUGAAGGUUUCGUCCUCGAAGAUGUUCCUCACUUGACGAACUUCCUACCUGAUUUACCGACAUAUCCAAAUCCUUUAGAGUACAGCCAAGCCUAUGCAAUAGUUAAGAAUACUUUUGUUAGUUCAGAAGAUGUUGUAGCACACCAAAUUGUUGUUCAGAAAGGCAGUCCAAGAGGAUUGCACUUUAGGCGUGCAGGACCUCGUGAAAAGGUUUAUUUCAAGCCAGAGGAAGUACGUGCUUGUAUUGUGACAUGUGGCGGAUUAUGCCCAGGGAUCAACACAGUCAUCAGGGAGAUUACUUCAAGAGGUGGUCAUGAUACAAACAAGAUUGUUGAUAACAUCCAGGAUCGUGGGAUAAAUCAGGUUUACAUAAUUGGUGGUGAUGGCACUCAAAAAGGAGCAGCUGCCAUUUACAAGGAAGUUGAAAGGCGUCGCCUUCACGUGGCAGUAGCUGGGAUCCCCAAAACAAUUGAUAAUGAUAUUGCUGUAAUCGACAAAUCUUUUGGGUUUGAUACUGCUGUAGAGGAAGCUCAAAGAGCAAUAAAUGCUGCACAUGUGGAAGUGGAAAGUGUUGAAAAUGGAGUUGGAAUAGUCAAACUCAUGGGUCGAUACAGUGGAUUCAUUGCCAUGUUUGCCACGCUGGCAAGUCGAGAUGUGGAUUGCUGCUUGAUUCCAGAGUCUCCAUUCUAUCUAGAAGGGCAAGGUGGUCUUUUUGAGUUCAUUCAACAGAGACUCAAAGAGAACGGGCAUGUGGUGAUUGUGGUUGCUGAAGGCGCAGGUCAAGAAUAUGUUUCUGAUGGUGUGAAUGCAGUUGAAGAGAGAGAUGCAUCUGGAAAUAAACUGCUUACUGAUAUUGGUCAAUGGUUGACUCACAAAAUUAAAAACCAUUUUGCAACCGACAAGAAAAUGGCCAUAAACAUGAAAUAUAUAGAUCCAACAUACAUGAUACGGGCUGUUCCAAGCAAUGCAUAUGAUAAUAUCUAUUGUACACUUCUUGCUCAAAGUGCAGUUCAUGGGGCCAUGGCAGGGUUCUCUGGUUUUACAGUUGGACCUGUCAACAGCAGACAUGCAUAUAUUCCAAUACAGCGAGUGACGGAGGCUACAAAUGUUGUUAAGUUGACGGAUAGGAUGUGGGCUAGACUUUUGGCUUCUACUAAUCAACCUACAUUUUUGGACAAACUUGAAUAAUAAUAAUAGAUAAUCUUCAACUCUUCAUCCAACAAUAUUCAAUCUCUUUCCAAACAUCUUAUUUUUAUGUGAUGUCGCCUACAAUGGAUUAAGAUGUUUGGGGUCCUUGUUAUGUGGUUAAGAUACUUUGCAACUUUCUUCAGGAUAUGCC